AUGGACGACGAUUUCGAGUACCACCUUAAAUUGCCGUCGCCUCCUCCGGCCGCUAACAUUAUUGACAAUUCAAGUGACGAAGAACAAGAUAUUGAGGCUUCAGGGUUCUUAAAACAGACAGCUGAUGAUUUGGUAGAGGACCGGGAAAAUGAUGAAAACGAAGAAUGGAGUGGAGUCGAUGACAGGUCGUCACCUCUCGUGAAACACAGAAAGGGCACUGCGCCGAAAGAACCUGUCGUAAUUCUCUUGGGCUGGCUUGGUUGUAGCAAUAAGAACUUGUCAAAGUAUAGUGAAAUUUACGAAGCUAAAGGAUGUGUCACCAUUUCAUACAUUGCAUCUCCAGGGAUACUGUUCUUCAAGCCAGCCAAAUGCCAGGAAAAUGCCCAGAAACUAUUAAAUAUUCUAAUAGACUUCAGCUAUGAAGAUAAUCCAAUAUUCUUCCACAUGUUCAGCAAUGGUGGCUCCAUUAUCUACCGCUAUAUUUGCCGUAAAAGCAAUACUGACUUGGCAGUACUUCUUUCAUCAAUGAACUGUCCAAGAAAUACCACCCUGGCUAAAGAUGUUUAUAAAAGAUUGGCAUAUAUAAUAACAAUCUCCUCCCAGAUGAAGAGAAUUCAGUUUCUUUCUAUUCUUUUUCUUUCUUUUCUUUUUUUUUACUUUUUCUUUACUUUUUUACUUCUUUUAUCUAUUUUCAUUUACUUCUUUUUUUCUUUCCUUUUCUUUACUUUUUCUUUUUUCUUUCAUUUCUUUUUUCUCUCACUUUUUCUUGCCUUUUUUUUACUUCUAUUUCCUUUCUUCCUUUUUUAUUUCUUUAUUUUCUUUCUUUCUGUCCUUUGUUCUUUCUUUUCCCUCUUUUUACUUCUUUUAUCUAUUUUUUACUUCUUUCUUUUUCUUUCCUUUUUCUUUCUUUUUUUUUUUUUCAUUUCUUUUUUCUUUGUGUUUUCUUUUUUCUCUCACUUUUUCCUUUUUUUUGCUUUUCUUUCCUUUUUUUUUACUUCUAUUUCCUUUCUUUCUUUUUUAUUUCUUUCUUUUCUUUCUGUUCUUUUUUCUUUCUUUUCUUCCUUCUUUUUUCUUACUUUUAUCUUUACCUUUUUAUUUAUCUAUUUUCUUUUACUUCUUUAUUUUUGUUUUCUUUUUUAUUUUGUUUCCUUUUUCUUCUUUCUUUUUUCUUUCCCUCUUUUUUUCCCUUUUUCUUACAUUUUCUUUCCUUUUUUACUUCUAUUUUCUUUCUUUCUGCUUUCUUUUUUCUUUCACUUUUCCCUUUUUUCUAUUCUUUCUUUCUUUUCUCUUUUUCUUGCUUUUUUCUUUCCUUUUUACUUCUCUCUAUUUCCCUCUACAUCCUUACUUUUUUCUUCUACUUAA